AUGGUUGAUAAAGCGCAAGAAACUUCAGGUUUUUUGCAUUUUGUUCAUUUUGAUAUUUAUUUUUAGAAGUUUCAAACAAAAAUGCAGGGACUUCUUCUCUAAACUGCAGUCCCCGUUUUUGUCUGCCUCCUAUUAACGAAACACAGAUUUGCCAACGCUUGAAUACUGGAGCGCAAAAGGAUGAAAUCAAGGUUGGCAGAAACCUUUUUUUUUACGAAUUAAAAUGGUAAAAGGCUAUAGGCGAAGUCAGAAAGGCCUGGAAAAGGCUUUUUUGUGCGUUAGUUCAUCAGCUUUUCUGCAUAGUUUUUAAUUCUUUUUGAGUCUUCAUAACCAUAGCAAAAAAAUUAAACUUGUCAAAAAGACUUUUUUUGCGACAUUCCUUCAGCUUUCCUCUGUUUGCUAUUUUCUUAUCGCCUACCGAACUUUGCCCCCCAAAAAAAUCAUAUUUUUGGUGAGAUUCGUUCAAAUGUUCCAAAAAUUAGAAUUUUUUUACAGAAGGAAUCAUGUGAAUGUAAUUAUGAGAUCCGUUUGCGCUUGCGUCCGAAAAGUCUUCCGAGUGAUGAUUCUGCACACGAGUUAGAGAUCAACUUCUCAGAAUCAAACGAGAGUUUUCGAAUGUACACGUCCAAUAACACUCUUUUCAUUACUCGUAGAGGUACUGGAAAGUCUCUAGAGAGAUUUUGGUUCAUUUUUGAAAACUCCAGGUGGUACUCCAGUAGGUCUGUAUAAUUUUCCGAGGGAACCCCCAGUGUUCCGUCUUCCACCAACUGGGACUAACGAACCUUUUGGAAUGCGAAAGCCGGUAUAUUUAUCUUUUUAUUUCUAUUUUUUUUGUUUCUUGAAUUGGGAGUUUGUGUUGCUCUUUUUUUAGAAUUAAUUUUUUUAAUAAAAAAAUAAUAUUUAUUGUAUGUCCAAAUCCACCUUAUUGAAUAAAAAAACAGUUUUUAAGAUUGCUAGUGUAGAAAAAACGACAUGGAUAGAUGAGUCGACUGAGAGAAUGAACGCUUUCAUCGCACAAUCUUCUGGUUUUCCACUACCCGAGGUCGCCGAUCCCAGCUACAAACGCACUGGCUUUGUUGGGGCUUUGAUUGAUUAUAAAUUUUAAUUUCCUAAUUUUUUGAAGUUUGAAACUCUGGAAAACGACGUUCGAAUCGAAAAUCCAUAUCUACAAAUGAGAAAACGGGCACAAUAUGCUGGGUGGGUACAAAAAAUGGCUCCUCGACCGACAGUAGCUCCAGAUCCCGAUGUAAUUUCCUUUCUAAAAAUCUUAAGCAGUAGUUAGUUUAAUCAUAAUUGUAAUUUUUCAGACAUCGUUUUGUAGCGGAUGGCCUUCAGAGAGAGCGAGUAAUAACUUGUAAAGUCAAUUCAAAAAUUAUAUUCAGUUUCAUUUUUUUCCCUGUGUGUCAUUGAUGUAAUCUGUUAUUAUUAUUGCUCCUUUUUUUCAAUUUGAUGCAUGAAAUUUUUCAUUUUGGUUUGAUGGUUUUUUUGUUCUAUCUCGCUGUCGAAAGCAGCAAACAAUUAUCUGAGUUUUUCAAAUAUCUAAUUAAUUUAUUCGGUUUUUUGAAAGUUGACUUUCUCGUUUAGAUUUUCUUUCUUUUGUCAAAAAAGAAGCUAUUUGCAUUGAAAACUUGAAUUUUUGAAAAUUUGCCUGAAUUUUAUCUGAUGCUCCAUAUGAAUAUUUUUGGAAGUAUCGACUUCUCUAGUUUUAAAUAAUUAAUCGCGAAAGUCAGUGAAAGUAUAGGACUUUUGGUUAUUUCUAAAAUUUUUUUUAUUUUUUUUUUGGAAACUAGGGAUUUAGGUAGGUCGAAGCUUACAUUUCAAAACUCUGGUACAUCAAAAAGUGUUCUGGCUAACUUUCAGGAAUUUCCAGAACGCAAGUUUAAAAUUUUUCCCUCCUCAGUUGUACUAGAACAAAAAUCUCCCUUUUUUUGGCCCUAUCAGUAAUUUCCAAAGGUCAAAUGGCUUUUAUAGUAGUUCGGAACAAGGUUGAAGCUCUCGUUAAGUUUUCGGAGCGCUCUAAUCCCCGCAACGGAUUUUUCGCUGACCACCGUCGUCCGUUCUUUUCUCUUGUUCUCCUUCGACUGUCCGCCUAAUGUCGCGCACACUCGCUCAUCACAACGCUCACACACUUUCACCUCCUCUAGCCCAGGUGCCGAUUUAUCGAUCGAUUCCAUCGCCUACGACACACAUUUGGCUGGUUUUAAAUGUCUUGAAUCGCGUAUUCUUCCGUUUUGAUCCGCUUCGAAGAAAAACACUUCUACAAAUCUUUUCGAGUUUUCGUGAUUCCCUUUUUUUUUCCCGCUUGAACGACAUGCUGUUAGACUUUCACUCGUGUAGGAAAAAAGAAGAAGAAAAUCCAGUAAGCAUGAUUUUAAAUGUGUUCCAAAAGUAAGUGAGUUCGUCUUAGAUUUUUCUUUCGGCUGAAUCUAACAAAAGUUGCGCAUAGUUCAAUUUUCUUUCUUUCUUUGAACUUUCAUCCUCAUUUUUAUAACUUCUCAAUAGUGAUAGCUCUGGAAAAACCUCAUGAACAUUUCUUGAAUUCAUCCAAUUUUUUAAAAUAUCAUAUUUUUACUCAUCCUACAACUUUAAGUCGGGCACUACGUAUUACGAAGAGGUUUAGACGUCUCUGUAGCAUUUUUGUGCAGGACUUUAUAUAUGGAAUUCCAAGAAGAAAGUUAAAAAUUUCUGAAUUUUUUUUUGGUUUUGAAACUUGCUUUUGAAAAAACUUUCAUCGUAAUUUUUGUUAAUAAUUCAUCUUCCUGGCGAAUUCAUCAUUUUCGGCUAAUCCUCUCGUAUUUGGCAGUGGUGUCUUUCUUUUUUUCCGGUUGAAGAACAUCGAUAUUUCGCAUAUGGUUGAGCAGAAGGACGCCAGGAGGAUUAGCGCUGAGAAUGCUCAUUUCUCAUGCUUGGCUUUCAUGUAUCCGAUGAAGCUUUCACUUUUUUUUUAUUUCUCUCUCCGUCCGGCUUACCUUUGGCUUUUUUGAUCUCAAAUCUUGAUAAUUCACUUUUUUUUUGAAUUUGUCUGAAGUUCUUUCAUUUUUAAGCACUGUUUCAUUUUAAAGAUCAUAUAUAUACUUUUUAUUCACUUUUUUGUUAGCAAAAUAUAGUUUUUCAGGAUUUUUUUGUUUUUUUGUUUUUUUGUUUUUCAUUUAUGACAUUAUUAGGCUGUUUGACAAUACAUGCUGAUGUAUAUGAGGUCCAGAAAUCUUUCGUUAAGGCUUGUUUUCAUUUUCUUGAAAUAAUUUUUAGUUCAUAUAUUAACCAAAAAAAGUUUUCUUUAACAGAUUCUCCAAAUAAUCAGCGCCUUUUUAAAUGUUCAUUCAAAUACAAUAACAUACAAAUCAAAGCAGUAAAUUUAAAUUUUUAAAUUAUCACACUGGGUAAAGUUUAAUCAAAAAAACAAAAUAAAAAAAUUUUUUUUCUUGUGACAACUGAUUUUUGAGGAAUUUUGAAAUUUACAGAAACAUCGUGUAAAAACAGCUGAUCUGUGGAAACGACAGGGAAAGACUGUUUGAGAAAAAAAGUUAUUUUUUUGAAAAAUAUAUAAUAUUACCCUUUCUCUCAGUUGUUUCUUGCUCCUUUCAUUUCUCAUGAUUUCUAUUUUCACUCGCAUUUUAGUGUUUUCUAUCUGACGCAGUUUCGAAAUACAUAAUAUUCCAGGAAUAGUUUGGUAGAGCACGUGGCCGACAAACGGAAGAAGUAUAACUGGGGCCUUGGGCGGAGAGCCUGUGAAAUGGACCGAAAAGGUCGCCAGGACCCCGUCAACGAUGCCAGGUUCUACGAAAGUCUCAUCAAGCCGCCGCAAAUGCGGACCACUGAGGUUUUUCGAGAAUUCUUCUGGAAAUUUGUCAAAAAGUGUAUUUGAGGACAUCCGGAACAUCUACGAGCAACUGCGGCAGCUGGAGAUGUUCAGCAACUUGUACAAUGCUCCUCUGAAGGCGAUUUGUGCCACGGCCAGAUAUGAACGCCAUCCAGCGCAUCAUAUUCUCUUCCGGUUGGUUUUCAAGCCUUUUUUCAAUGUCUUUUCGUAGAUCGUUUUGCUUAUUUUUGUCCUCACCAUAGUAUCUUCAUGCCGAAAAUAUAAACAAGAUUCCAUAAUUCUCGUCUCGAAUUAACUAUUUUUCUGAGUGACUUAUUUUUUUGCUUUUUUUCUUCCCAGUAAAUUUUAGAAUUUGUUGAUUUUAGUUUUUCUCUAAUGGUAAGAAAGUAAUUUACUUUUGCUCCAAUUCCUUCCAAAUUAUUGAUGAAAAAAAGAAAUUUGGAGCACGAUUUGGAGUCUUCGAAUUGGCAAAAAAGUGAAUUAUUAAAUUGAAAUUUAGCGCUUCUCUUCUUUUUUCACUGCUUCUCGCGCACAUUAAUUCAUCACUACUAUCUCUUUUAAUAACUUUUUGAAUGGAAACAUAAGAAUUCAAAAGAAAAUAAUAUUAAUUAUCAGCAAAACGUAAAUUUAAAAAUGGUUCUACGUGAAUUUUGUCUGAACUCGAAUUAGGAGUAAAAAGUUUUAAAACGGGGAAAAAAGAUCAUUAGAGUGAUUUAUUGCCUAAAAGGGUGUAGUUAAAAGGUUUGAAGAUAUAAUUUCCUUUAGUCAAGAUUUUCCUCCCAAUUCAAUUAAAUUUGCACUUCUAAAUCAUUCCCAAUGACUUGAGCAGCAUUCAAUAAACACUUUGUUUAUUUUUCCUCAAGAGGAAAAUCCGAACCAAAAAAUUACACAAAAGGGACAGAAGUUCAAAAACAGAUGUUUUUUUGGUGGCCAGGCGAAUGUUUAUUUAUUUCCAGUGACGGACAAGUGGCCUCGUGUUGGUACAUUCUGCUGUCUGGAUCGGUUUUUAUCGAGAACCACAUCUACCUGCCUUAUGGAUGGUUUGUUUCAUUUUCCUUUCAAUUCAGAAAAAAAGUUCGGAAUUCGUUAAUUUCUUUCCCACCCUCAUAAUUUUUCUCCGAUCUGUUUUCUUUCGAAAUGAAUUCCCCGAAGAAAACUCGUGACUCAUCAUUCUCUCAUUUCUUGAGCAUUUUUCCGGUCCCUUUACUUUUUUUCCCCAAUGAUUUGUAAGAGGUUGGGGCGUUAGUUUCCUGGUUUCAGUUAGAAUUUAGAGAAUUUACUGCCGGGUCCUAACAUGUUUCCUGCCUAAUUAAUUAAGAAACAUGUUUCUUGGGACCUCCAAAUGUUAAUCAUUGAUGUCAGUUUUUCUUCUUAGUUGUAGAGACAUCUACUUACUCCAAACCUUUUGGAAAGUGGGAUUGAGAGAAAAUUAAUUUUGAUAUUCCGCUAUCGAAUUCAUUGAGAAUAAUCAAAAGUCAUUUUUGAAAGGACUAAUUUCCUUCUUUCACAAAAAAACCUUUUCAACAGCAUUUUUUCACAAGCCUCUCACUUUUCUUUAUAUGUUUGAUAAAAAAACGUUCCUCAAUAAUGACUUUUUCGCUUUCCUUUUUUUCAAGUUUGCCUUGCGCUAUCCGUGAAAUUUUGUUAGCUUCAGUUCAUUGAGCAUUUCGAAUAUUUUAUUUGAUUUCGAAGAAGAAUUUUUUUAACCAGAAUUUUUCGCUCACAAAGGUUUUCCUCGUUGACCUCAUUAAACUAAAAGCUAUAAAUUUAAUCAGAAAGAGGUUUUCUCAGUGGAAACGAGAUUGAAUUUGGUGCAUAAAGCCAUAUAUUAUCCUUCCUACCAAUUUUUCACUCUUGAGUUGAAAUUUUUUUACCCAUUUUCGUUUGAGUUGGAGUUUAGAAAUUUUUUUGACAAUCAAUUAACUGAAUUUCAAAAAAAUAUUUUAUCAGAUAUCUAAUGCAAAUAUGUUUUUUUCUACUUGUAAAAAAAUUGGAUCCAACUAUAUAAUGACAAUUCUUAAUUUUCUGAAGAUUUGAGUCUGAUUUUUUUCGAUUUCUCAAAAAUUAUUUCUUUGUUAAAAUAAGUUUUGAGACUCAACUUUGUAUUAAUCUUUAAGAAUUGAGAUUAUUAUUUUAUCUCGAGAAGUAUUUUUUUAUAUGAAGCUAAUGAUUUGCUUAAUCCCGCGCUAAUCAGCGAAAGCUUGGAAAAGAAAUAAAACUGGCGAAGGACCGGUUUGACCCUUGGGCAAAUCGUCGUUUUUCCGUGGGAAUUCCCAAAUAUUCGCCCUUAUCUGCGGUCAGACGAAUUUCAUCGUGUUUAUAAUCACCGCCACUGACCCAGUUAUCCUUUUUCCUUCCUGUUGUUGACCAUUUUGACUUUCUGAACGUUUUCCCAGCAGAUACGUUCAUUUCCUGUCACGUUUUCCAUUUCUUCCAGCUUUUCUCUUUUCGUGGAAUCGAUAUGGAAUGCGCCCCAUGGCGAAUGCGAUUAAUAUUUUUGAGUGUCGAAUUUGGCCGAUUUGAAUCUUUGACGACCCCUCUCGAAUCUUACUACUGAAACGAUCGUUUUGUCUUGUUUUGAACGGAGAUUUUUAUCUCAAACUGAUUUUUAUUGGUUCCAAAGAGGAGAAAAUUGCUUUUGGGACCCCUUUUUAUGAUGAUCUCUUCGAUAAUCGGAUAAAGUUGGUUUUGAGCCUAUUUUUGGGCAAGAAGUUGGGGUGAUUUGCGGGUUUUCUUGAAAUAAAAUUGAACCUUUAUGAAUAGAAAAUUAUAAAAAGAUUUUUUUGUUAGUAGGAGAUUUUGAUCAGAUCAUUGCCUCGUUGAAAAAAAUUUUUUUCUCACGUUGAGUUUUUAUCUUUUUUUCAGAAGUUUUUUUCGAAUUUUUUUAAAAAAAUCCACCAAUAUGAAAAAAACAUAUCAAAUAUUUUUGCAGUUUUGGCAAACGUAACGGUCUGAACUACCGAAGGACGCACGACUGUAUGCUGUUGCAAGAAUCGGAAAUGAUUGUGGUUUGUUUUACUUUCAUUUCUAAUUUUUUUACAAGUUGAAAAAGCAUUUUAUUGAUGAGAUUUUCUGCUUCAAUUUUUUGAAAUCUACAGUUCCAAGAAGUUUUCCGUUUCUAAUUCAAAUCUUUGACUCUCAAAAUUUAUUUGAAGUGCUGAAUGCAUCUGAAAAAGUUCUGUCGUUUUCAAGACGUGGGGAAUUUUUCAAUUUUUCUUAGCUAUAAAUUUAUCAAACUAAUAGUUAUCCAAUUAUCGAACUCUUUCUCUCAAAAACGCAGUACAGAUUCAAAUGAAUUCCGAAAUUCUCGUUUCCAAAGCAAUGACCGCCAUCUGUUAUAAGAAGAAAAAAACCCAUCGUAGGUUCAUUUCUUCCUCUUCUUCUUCUUUUUUUUUCUCAAUUUUUCGAAAGCGAGGAAUUUUAUUUGCCGAAAGCCCAAUAACCUCUUUAUGAGCGCCUAAUAUACGGACUCUCUAUAGCCAAGCUGCCAAACACAAUUGUUUAUGAGCCAUUUAAUUCGCGUCGCGCCCACCAUCUCGUACUUUUGACCAGUUCGCCUUGUUGUAAACUAUCCUCCACACGAUGUUUUUCCAAUCUUCUUUUUUUACUCCUUUCCCCUUUUUACAGCUCAUUUAACGACCAAUUAGGGUUUUUUUGUUCAGCUGUAAAUGUUCAACUCUCGUAGAUCAAUUUCGAAAAUUCGUGCGGUUUACUAAAAAAAAAUAGGUUGGGAACAAAUUUUUUUCAGAAUCUUAUUUACUUUAUUUCACUCCUUUCCUUUUUACGGCUCUUUUAGCGACCAAUUAAAGUUGUUUUAAUGAAAAGUUUUGUUUUUCACCAAGUUUGAACGUUCAUCUCGAAGAUCAGUUUUGAAAAUUUGCGUUUCUUAUUUUGGGGUUGGUUUUUCGAUCUAAAAAUAUAAGAAAUUAAAGUUUUUCUGAAAAUCAAUUUCAUGACAAUUUUGAAUUAUUUUUUUAUGAGGUUUUUCCAUAUGAAAGUUAAAGCAGAAAAUUAUAUUGAACUACUGUUUUUUUUGAGUUGGAUUUUCUAACGUAAAAAGAAGAGGAAAAAGUAGAAAAAAAUUUUUUUGUUUUUUUAUUUCAUUUAUUUAUUUAUCCUGAAAGGGUUAUUUUAGUUUUUCUUAUUCCAUGCCCUAACCAAUUACUAUUUCUAAUUAUUUUUUUCCUAGUCAUAAAAUGACCUAAUUUCCUUCUCUUCUACUUAUUCGAUGAGAAAAGGACUCAAUCUCAUUGUUCUCAGGCGUGAGGACCCCUUUUUCUUGUCUUUAUUUCUUUAGUCAACACGAUUUUGGUGUUGAAUUUCACCUUUUUUCCGCCCCGGACUUUUUUUCAGUUUUUGACCUUAAACACGAUGUUUAGAUUCGAUUAGUUGCCCCAUCGUCUAAGCUUUCCGUUGCUGGUUUUUCGCUGAUUUGAUUAUCUUGUUAGUGAUAUGUGAUACAAAUUCAGAUUUAGUUUUUUUUUAUUCUAAAUGUUUUGAGGAAGCUCUGUAAUUUAAGCCUUUUUGUUUUUAACUUGGAAGAUCUGGUCCAAACUAGAGAUAUAAAAAAAUUUCAAAUACCCCUAACUUGAGCUAAAAUUGACGAAAAGUUCUGAAUACUUUGUUAAUUUCGGAAAAAAAAUAAAAUACUUUCCGAUGGGCUCUUCAAGUAAUUAUUUUUUUAAACAGGGGUAGACAAUUUUUUUUAUUUCAACACCCCUUUUCUAAGCUUAAAGAUAGUUUUAUACCUAGGUCUAAAACUUUUUGUUUUUUGUAAGUCAAGCUCGUUUUCUAGACAACAUGAGUUCUGUAACUGCCUACGUAUGACACUGUGCCUGGAAUUUAGUGAGAUUGUUUUUGUUCAUUUUUAGAUUAACUUCAAAAAUCCCUUUAGAGAAACAUCUAUGAUUUGAGAUUUGAUGCAGACCGAUUAUUGAUGAAUGUUUCUUCGAGAAAGCUUUUUUUUUCCUGAGCCGAAAACAGACCUACAAGCUUUGUUCAUUGGAUGAGAUUACCUGGUUUAGUGGGUUAAUCGGCUUGUCUUCGCAACAGAUUCCCUCCUGCUUGACUUCUUUUGCAAAGCCCGUUGAUUAGAUUUGGCCGACGCAGUGGAGAGGCAAAUCGCGUUGUACCCGCGGUGCGAACACUGCCAGUCGUAGAUCCCAUCUCUGGCAUCCCUUUUGUCACUUUUCCCAUACGUUUCAUACCACUCGACUGUUACCAGGUGUCAAUUGAUUUUAGGAUUUUUCGGCUCUCAAAUUUGAAAAUUUUUGUCUGGCCUAAAUACAGUUUUUUUUAAAAACGAUUUUCUAUUGGCAGCUCCAUUUUGAAAUGAACUGAAUUUUCCAAUUUUUCUUCACCUCAAUAUUUUCGAAAACUUUCAAUUUCGGUAUUUUUUGUGAAAGUUUUAUGUUUUCAAUCAUUUUCUCAGUUCCGAGUUGAAGUAGUACAAAAAGUUUUUUUCACGUUGAAAAAAUUAAAAUUAUCUUCAGGUGACUGAAAUUGCGUAUUAUUCAAAGUUCUUAUCGUGAUUCUUGAGUUGAAUCGUUUUUUUCUUUUUUGAAAAAGUAUGAUUCAUUUCUCAAUAGUUGUUUCAGGCGUUUUGUAAAAAUAAAACUUCUGACAACUACGCAAAUUUUGCUUCAUUUUUGUAAAAGAGUUGACGGUUGAAAAAUAAAACUUCUCGAUUUCUCAUGGACUUCAAAAAACUGCGUGGUCAAACUUUAAAAAAAGCUAGUUGAAUUUUAUAGACAAAAAUAGAGAAUUUUAAAGAUUGACUACCCCGACGUGUCGCUGACGAACGGCGGCGCUUCUCCGAAAAAUCGGCCAGAGGACCGUCGUCACAAACGGACAUCUGACCAACGGCUCGGUCCACGCCGUCGUCUCUGCCACGUCUUCUUCCUCUUCUGGGACGUCCCACGAAGGACCCGGCAUCGUUCGGCAUAUACGAAAAUCGGUGAGAAUGAAGAGAAUAUUGGGGAAAUGUAGCGAAGGUCAAAAGUCACACAAACAUAAAAGCUCAAAGUUUUCGCCAUUUCUAUCUCAAUUCAUGAAAUAAAAAGACAUGGGGUAACUGAUUGCACUGAGUCGUUGACUUUCUAAAAAGUUCUAUUAUAUUCAUUUUGAGAUUUUGAAAGGAAAAAAGUUUGAAAGAAGCUGAAUGUUUUGAAUUCCUAGUUUUAGAGAAAGGACUUCUACAAAACAAAAAAAGCAAAUUUUAUGAACAAAAAAUUUCUUACCAGUUUUUUUUCCUCGCGCAAGAUAGUGUUGGACAAGUGUUCGAUUGCGUGAUGUAUUUUCGGAAAUGGCGGCCGCCAGAGCUUCGACCCCGCUUUAAUUGCUUCUUUCUUCGUCUUCAAACACAAGACAUUGGAACGCGUUGAGUGGCUCGUCGAGAUUCCCCAACGUUUCCAGGCGCCGAAUAUGGACGUCGACUCGCUUCUGAUGCCGCCGCCGCCCGUGCCGCCGAGGCCCCCGCGACUCCCGCCGACUGCCGCCAAAGGCCCCGCGCCCUUGCCUCCCAGGGGCCUCCCCAGGUAUGUUGUGGGAACCGAGAAGCGCCAGAUCUUAUCAAUUGAGACUUUUGCGAACUUUCGGAUAGGCCUUUGUCGUUCUUUUUGAUAUAUAUUCUCCUCAAAUUUUUUUUUUAAUUUGCUGAUGACUCAUGGAUUUUUUUUUUGAAAAAUCUUUAAGGGCGUGAGACUUUGCCUAUGAACUUCAACUUUUCAAACGUUUUUGAGGCCUUUUUAUAAAAUAGUUUCUUAAUAGACUCCAUUUCUGCGUCCUCCAGUCUCUUUCCUGAUUUUAUUGAGGUAUUUAUUUGAAGGUGUUCUAUAAAAAAAAAUUUUUGGAUCAUGUUCUCGAGGUCUUUUUUUUCUAGUUACACUAAGAAUAACUGACGAGAUAAACGCGAGCUCGGUGGCGGUACAUUGACUAACUCGCAAAAAUGUCGCUUUUUUCUAGGCGCGAUCCCGCAUUUCUCUCGGCGCGACCUCGCAUUUUUCUCGGCGCCAUCUCGCAUUUAUCUUGCAUUUCGGAAAUUUUCAAAUUGCGAGAGAAAUGCGAGCUCGCGCCUAGAAAAAUGCGAGCUCGCGCCCAGAAAAAUGCGAGACCGGCGCGAGAAAAAAAGCGAGAUGUUUGCGAGCUCGUCAAUGUACCGCCAGUGUCUCGCGUUUAUCUCGGCAGUUAUUUUUAGUGUAUAAGCUUUUCAUUGCAAUUUCGGAAAAAGAUCCUAUAGAAAAUGAAUAAAAACAUUUUUCAACGACGAUUAAAAUUUUUAUGUGAGAAUCUCGAGUUUAUGGAUCAAAACUUUGCAUUGGCUAUGGUCCAAAAUGCCUCGUGGUCAAAGAGGACUUUUUUUAAAAUGAAUUUUCAACAUUCACUCACAUUUUUGCUUUUUGAAAAAAGAAUUUCGUGAUCAUUGGGUCGCUCGGAACUUUAAAUCUUCUUUUUAGCAGAAUUUUUCAUUGUUAUAAAGAACACACGAAUCUCAUCAUUGGCCCUCUUGCAGAACCUAUCCGAUGGACUUCCCGGUAGACGUGCCGACGACGUCUUCGACUUACUCCAACGACAAUCACCGGAGUCAGGUCUACCUCAAUGGUCUCUCCGCCGACGACGACACGCUGGUUCGUGUCAAACAUCGUCGCGAGAAGAGCAACUCUAUCGCUGGAGCCGCCGUUUCCAGCGGAACUAUCCGAAGGUUGAGAGGCCGCAGGUGGAGUUCCUCUCCCAGGAAUGUUCUGAACUCCUUUGUUGCAGUACGGCGUCUUCUACGACGACAGAAGGCGAAACGGCGAGCAAUGAAGGCGUCGACUCGGAGGACGAAGACGGCAGCGUUCCUUCUCAGGUUUCUUUUACCUUUUUUCCUUUUCAGAUGGGCAAAUAGCUCAGAUUCUCAAGUGACUUCUUAGAGAUUUCUAAACAUCCUUUUUAGAAUGUUUAAACGUUUCCUUUUUUUCUUGUCGAAGAAAAUUUUCCGGUUUCUAAUGAAAAGCAAUCAUUCUAAACAAAGAUUUUACCCAAAAAAUGUUUAUUUUGUCAUCAACUUUGGUCUAAAAAAGUUUUCUUUCAAAAGGGACAACGAGGAAAAAAAGUUUGAUUUUUCCGGUAUUUUCGCUACCGUAACCCUAGAAAGGGGCGGAGCCAGCUAUCAUAUGUAAACCUUUCAGGGUCUUUUGUGGUUAUUCUGAAUAUGAGCUCAGUUAACUAAAUAUUAAGCUUUGGUAUUAAAGGUUUAUCGCGUUUUUUUGGAAGGAAGGGUAUUAAAUUUAAAGUUAUAUUUUUUUAUGGGUGGCUCCUAACUUUCAAGUUACUUUCGAAGUUUUUUUGGCGAUUUGCUUUGAAAUUAUUUUUUUGUCAAUAUCUCAAAUCAUUCAUAACGGUUUUCUACCUUAAAUUUUAACGCCAGAGAAAUGUUUAUGUUAGAAAAGGUCAAUCUAUGUUUCAAAUGAGUAAUUUAACAUAGAUAAAAACUACUAAUUUGUUAGAAUGAUGAGUAACACGAAGUAAUCUUCCGAUGAAAGAUAGCUUUAAUUGAAGGAAAGCAGCAACGGAGCGUUUCUGGAUCUUCGGGAUUCAGUACGAGAAUGCUUGGAGAAGGAGCCGUCGGAAAGGAAUUCAGAAGAUUUGGCCGUUUUAUUGGUAAUAUUUCCCCUCUUCAUAUCAUAUAGCGAUAUUUUUGUUCAGGAUUUCAUGCAGCACAUGUCGGCUUUCGCCUCUCUUCCCAUGUCCAUCAAACGGCAACUUUGUCUCAAAAUGGUCUUUGCCGUGGUCAACGACGCCGGGACCGUUGUUUUGGGUCACAACGAGAAGCUCGACUCCUGGUCCGUUUAUAAUUUUAUUUUUGUUAGAAUCUAGGGCAUCUUGUGUGAAUUUUUGCUGUUGGGAAAGUCCAUUUUUCGAGUCAAACUUGGAAUAGUUCUCUCAGAAGCUGUUUUUAUAACUUCAUAUCGACGUCAUCUUUGUUUUCAAACAAUAAAAUAUGAAAAUAACACGGGAAAAAAAGAGCGUGUACGAGAAAUCAGACUCUUUCAAGUCUAGUGAAUGAGAAACUGUAUAAAUUUUUUCUAGCCGUAAAUAGUUAUUCUCAUUUUUUUUAUUCUCAUUUAUUCUCAAUUUUUGGAUACUUUCAUCUAUAACGCAAUAAUCAUGAUACGUAAUUUUUUUUGAUUUUUUUUUUCGCUAUUUUUAGGUUUCUUUGACCUCGUAGAGAAAUAAGCCCGCAGACAGGUCAGACUUUUCAAAAUUGUGUCGUAUGGGCUAUAACAAUCAAAUAGAAUAGGUAAACAGAUCCUUGGACCUUGAAAAAAAAGAAAAAAGAAAUUCGAAUUCCAAAAUUGAAGUGGUCAAAAAAAAACUGGAAAGAAGUCGUGGCGAAUGGGCUAUAGAAAUUGAGCAGGAUAGCUUAUCAAUAAUUUUGCCCUCGAAAAAACAAAAAUGAGUUGUUUGAAGAAGAUUUGAAGUUAAAGAUAUCAAAAAGAGAAUCCAGUAAGCUAAAGCUCAAAAUUUUACUGGCUAUUUGUUUAGAUACAACACUUUUUGUCAGAAAUUGAGCUUAUCCGUGUUUUUUUAAGGUCUGUGAUCGUGAACGGCGUGGUGGAAGUGAUCAAGCCGAAUGGCGAACGCGUCGAAUUCAAACUCGGCGACGCUUUUGGCGCCGAGCCAACGCCGACUUCACAAUUUCACGUCGGAGAAAUGCGGACGAUGGUCGACGACUGCGAGUUUGUCCUCGUCGAGCACAGGGUACUUGUAAAGGGAAAUAAUGAAAGUCAACGAAAAAUGCUUCAUAGGACUUCUGCUCGAUAAUGUCGACGAUUGGCGACCAUAUUGAGAAAGAUCGCGAUGGGCUCACUGGAGAAGUUGUUUCCGAAACGGAGAGAAGGACCAUUGGAAGUCAAGUUGGCCUCGUGCUCAUCAAGGGAAAGGUUUGAUUGAAAAUUGUGAUAUCAAGUUCGGUGGACAAAAAAGGUUUCUGAUAAUCAUCUUUUACUGUUUUUAUGCGCAUAUUAAGUGUCUCAAAUCUUAAUUUUCACUGAUUAUAAGACUUUAAGAAAUGAAAAAUUAGAUUCUAAAGACCUACAAAUUAGGGGAUUCAAAGAAAAUGCGCUCCAUCGCUAAAUUAAUUUUUUUUAGAAAAAUUUGAAUUUAAACUUUCUACCGAGUUUCUAAUUAAUGAAGACUAAAUAAUAAAAAAAUACCGUCAGCUUUUUUUAAUUUGAAAAAUAUUAAUUUUCUAAAUUUUUGGAAAAAUAUUGAGGUACAAAACCAAACUUUCGAAUUAAAUGUUCCAUUUUUUUCGUGUUUAGAUUUGAAAAAAUUUUUCCAAAGAUUUGAGCUUUUUCAAUCUCAAACUUUUUGAAUGAAUUUUUUUCAAUGUUUGGUGUUUUUCAUUUCCUUUAUCAGAAUCUUUUUUUGUCUCUUGCCAAGGUUUUUUUCGGGAGAUCAAUACGCUUUUCUCUCGGAAAACCUUCAUUUCACCUCUGAUUCCCCCCUGUUUCAGCCUGACAAACUGAUACAACAUCUCGUCGACGACCGAGAUCAGAACGUCGAUCCGCAUUACGUGGAGGACUUCCUCCUCACUUACCGCGUUUUCAUCCGUGACCCAACCAUUAUUUUCGAGAAAUUAAUGUUGUGGUUCGCCGACUCGGUCUAUCGCGAUAAGGUAUCCUUGUCAACCUGAAGCUUUUCCAACUUUGAUGGUUUCAGGUGGCUCGAUUAGUCCUCUUGUGGGUGAACAACCACUACAACGACUUUGAGACGAAUGAAGAAAUGUCGAGGCUUCUCGAAAGGUUUCUUUUCGCAGUUUUUGAAGGAUUAAGGGAUUUUUUGAAUAAUUUUCACAUUGAUUGGUAAACCCAUGGCUUUUUUUUUUAAUUUCCUUUAUGUCUCAAACUUUUCAGUGAAAGAAGUUUUUUAGACAUCAAAUAAGGAUACUUGAAAUUGAAUAGAUUUUUUUUGGCAAUGUAAAAUUCAAAUUCAAGCCUUUUUUAUUCAUAUCCCUUUUUUUUUUAAAAUUUGGUUGAAGAUUUGUUUGGGUCUUCACUUUGAUUUCAUCAGAUUUUCACUGGAAAAAAUUGUGAAUUCCAGAUUCGAAGGGGCUUUGGAACGGGACGGAAUGCACAGUCAGUUGAGUUUGCUCAACAUUGCCUGUUCUGUGAAAGCAAAGCCGAGAACCAUUCAGGUUUGUUUUUGCUUCAACUUUUUCUGUUUCAGCUUAUUUUCAUCUGAAAAGAUCUGAUGAAAUUUUUUUUCCAGAUGACACGCGCUAAGGAUGACCCAAUGCAGUUUCUGUUGAUUGGCGGAAAAGAAUGCGGAAGCUCGUUAUUUGUCGCUGAGGUGGGCUUUUCUUUGAAUCUAUAUUUUGUCGAAUCAAAAAUUUUGGAAGGAUUUUGUUUGAAAUUUUAAAUUUUGCCUCAGGCUGUGGUCUGAAUUGAUGCAUAUCAGCUCAAAAAUUGUAUUCUUCCCCCUUCUCUUUAUUUUAUUUAUAUUUUUUUCCAAGUUGAAGGUGACCGUGAAAAAUAUACCAUCGGGAUACGACUUUUUACCUUUUUUUAUAAUCAUAUGGGCAGUAAGAAAUGAAUUUCAAGAUAAAAUUCCGUUCUCUUUGAAAUUUUGAUAACGUCGAAAGGUAUACUAAUUGUUAAAAAAAGUCGACAUUCUGAAAGUUUGGAUUCAAAAAAAAGCAUGAAAAUUAUUUUCGUGUACGAAAAAAAAAAUAACGUGAACGUAAAAUUAGUGGUCAUCUUUUUAGGCUUUCCUUGUUUUUGUUUUUUCGGAAUACUUAUAUUUUUUGGUUUUUUUUUUCAGUGUUUCCUUGUGAGAUUCAUCUGAGACUUGUUGGUUUCAAUAGAACUAAGCAAUCUCUUUUACAAACUGCACUAAUCUUUAUUUUCUUUUUUGUUGUUUGCCAAUAUUAUUAUAGUUGUUAAGGUGUUUCCUGACACAAAUGCGAAACGAGCUGGAGUCAAAAGAGCUGACGAGAUGCUCGAAAUAAACCAGCAGUCGGUCAAGUACUUGACCGUCACCAGGGCUCAGGAAAUCCUCACGGUAUCUUCAUUUUCAUUCGUUUUUUGAACAUUCCACACGAUCUCAAUAGCUAUUUUAUUUCUAUCCAUCUUUCAGGGAAGCCUGUCGCUGACUUUGUUGCUCAAAAGCAACAUUCUCGGCUUCAAAGGAGCUUCUGGGUCGAACCGAACAUCGCGAAGGCAAAUCCAAGGGCCAUGUGGCCACCAGAAACAGCGUUCCCGUCGUGAUUCCGGUCCACAAAAGUCUGUUGACCUCGAAAAAUUCCAAGGGAACUGGAGGAGCCAAGUCGAGCAUGAUGGACAAGCUCAUGACCAUCCUCAAGUCCAACAAGGACGAGGAUUUCGCUGAUGAGGUAAUCUUUUUCGUUUUUUGAUGAUGCUUCAAUUUUAGAGUCUAAAUGAGGUGGUUUUACCACAGAGUCUUGAAAAAAGUUUGAAAAAUGCGAAGUUUUGAAAGAUCGAAAUUUCUGAAAAGUAUUUUUUAAAAAUUUAAAAGAAAUUAUCGAGAUUUGGAUUCUUUCAGGGAAGACAAAUAACUUCGGAACUGCGUCCGAGCCGAUCAAAUCCGGAUAUCACGUCCAUUUCCCAGUAUUACGGUCCAGUGCGUAGCGAAUGUCCCGAACAUGUCCUCAAGAUUUAUAGGUUUCCACUUUUCAUGAGAAUAUUUCGAUAUUUAUCUUUUUUAGAAGCGACCAAACGUUCAAAUACUUGCCCGUCUACAAAGAAACUUCGGCGCAGAAUGUGGUUCAAUUGGCUUUGCAGGUUUGAGAUUCAACUUUUUUUCUGUUAUUUUGCUGUUUCUUUGCUUUUUUGAAUACUCUGCCUUUGAGAUUUUGUUGAACACAUGCUGAAUUUCAAUGUGCCCUGCUUUCAACUAAAAUGCGUUAAAAACCUCUCUUUUCUGCCAAUGAUACUGUACAAACGCUGGACGUUAAUAUUUGUAGACAAAAAGUGAAAAUUUUUGUCAAAUUUUGAUAAGGAUUCUUUAAAAUUCAUCUUAACUCAGUUAAUCUGAUACUAUUUUCUAGCGAAAUUUCAAAUAUGGCCUUUUGAAAAGUUUCUUGUGAGAGUAUGUAUCAAGGCCCAUUUUAAAAUAAAAAACUUCCUAAUUUGAGAGCAAAAAGAGCUCAGAUCCCCAAUAUAGCUCAUUUUGUUGGGUUCUGUGAGUUUCUUUGGAUACUAGAUUUCUUCACUCAAAAGCUGUGAAGUUUGGGAAUUACCGGAUUUUUUCUGUUACAGGAUGAGUCUUAAGCGUAAUUUUCGGCCGAUACUUUUCCGAACCGGGAUGUUCCGAAUCGAAAUCCGAACCGAUACUUUACCGAACCGUACUUUUCCGAAUCGGGUGUAUACUUUUCCGAACCCAAAUUUAUUAUGCUUUUCCGAAUCGUAAUUCAAUUAAAUCUUUAGGUGGUACCGUCCUUUUCAAUCCGAUUCCUUAUUAUUUUUUUCCCAGAGUGCAGCCUUCCGUCUGACCAUUUUCGAAACUCGAAUAGGAUUCAUUUUUCCUCGAGAGGAUUCAUUUUUCCUCGAGUGCUCUUUCAGAAACUUUUUUUUUUGGUUCUUUCGAUUUCAGAACGGACUGUGGCAUCGCCAAUGCCAACGGUCAGCUCUGAAGAGCACUUGCGGAUUUAAAGUCCUUCCUGCACACCGAAAUUUCGAAUCUUAAAACUGUUUUCCAAGUUCAAAUUUUUAAGACGAAAACGGGCCAGUCAACUUCAGAGCGGACCGUUGGCAUUGGCGAUGCCACAGUCCGUUCUGAAAUCGAAAGAACCAAGAAAAAAAGUUUCUGAAAGAGCACUCGAGGAAAAAUGAAUCUUAUUCGAGUUUCGAAAAUGGUCAGACGGAAGGCUGCACUCUGGGAAAAAAAUAAUAAGGAAUCGGAUUGAAAAUGACGGUACCACCUAAAGAAUUAAUUGAAUUACGAUUCGGAAAAGCAUAAUAAAUUUGGGUUCGGAAAAGUAUACACCCGAUUCGGAAAAGUACGGUUCGGAAAAGUAUCGGUUCGGAUUUCGAUUCGGAAAAUCCCGGUUCGGAAAAGUAUCGGCCUAAUUUUCAGAAAAUGAUCAUCCUGGUGAGAAAAAAACUGUUUUUAAUCGACAUAAUCAGAACAAGAUUUAAAAUACCCAUUUUCAGGAGUUCAACAUGACCGCCGAAGGAAGUUUGGAGUGGUCGCUCUGUGAGUGUACCGUCACUCCGGACGGCGUCAUCAAGCAAAAACGACUUCCGCCUCAACUCGAGAACCUGGCCGAGCGUAUCGCUUUGAAUAGCAGGUUCAUCUUGAAUUUAUUUGAAACUGAGAAAAAAUAGACUGAAAUGAAGAAAAACUUCACGCAAAAUUGUUUAAUUUAUAAUUCUGCCAGUUACGUAAAUUUUUUAAUGACUUAAAGCUAUGUUCAAUAUGAAAAUCGGUUCGAGUGAAUUGAAUAUCAUCCGACUUUUCAUUUUUUUUUUUUCCGAUUUUUUCAUAUCGCUAUGGAAAUUGCCUUCUUUUUCCUUGAAUCUUAAAAAUUACUAUACUUUUUUUUGUUUUAGUUUUUUUCAAUUUUGAUCCUACUUUCUAGGGUAUAAGGGCGUGAAAACUAUUAAAUUGUAGCAAAAAAAAAUGUGAGAAACGUCUCUCGCGGAAAUUUCCCUAGCGGUUUUUUCGAAAUGAUUCCUCGCAUAUUCGUAUUCUUCCAGGUACUACCUGAAGAACAACAACCGGUCAGAUCCCUUGGUUCCGGAUGAACUUGCCCCUGAACUUCUGAAAGACGCUCAGACUCAACUUCUUCUCCUCAACGCCCAGGUAACUUUUUUUUUCCAAACUUUAUAUUUUUGCCAUUUUUUUGGUUCCGCAUUUAUAGUUUGAUCGAAGUUUUUGAUUGAAAACUUUUUUUCGAUUUUUGGGGAAAUCUAACCAAAAAAAUCUCUCUUUUCACACAGUAAUUUCAUGGCGUCUUCAAAGUGGUUCCGCGAAAUUCGAAACACCCAUCAGAAAAAGAAAGAGAUUAUUGAAUUUUGGAGAUAAAGAAAUAAUUUUGCAAAUUACUUUCUUCACUAAGUCCCAAACUUAUCAAGAGUCCUUUGAUGGAAAAUCUUAAGAGUCAAAUGCGAAACGGGAAAGAUUGAGAUGGAAAGAAUAUUUGAAAGACUCAAGUUUUGCAGGUGGUCGCCGCCCAACUGACCCUCCAGGACUUUGCCGUUUUCUCUGCGAUCGAACCGACGGAGUACAUCGAUAACCUGUUUCAUCUCGAUUCUAAGUAUGUUUUCUGAGAUUUCGAGAUUGCUUGGUUUUCAUCUGAAUCUAUGAACUGUAGCUUAGAAAGUUGAAUAUUUUUGAGAUUUUUAUUUGAAAAUUUUGAGAAGUUUUCAUACGUCGGCUGGAUCCCACCCCGCGGUGUGGCCUACCCUAAUUUCGAACUAUAGCUAUUUCACGGCUGGCUUGAGCCAUCAGAAAAAGGGUCCUGACACGAUAAUAAAAGAGAUAACGCCUGAUUGGGGAAGAGCGCAGACACGCCUUCUCAGCGCCCCAAGUUUGCCUUGAAUCGGCUAUAUGAGUUAUAAAAUUUUUUUCACGUUUUUAUCAACCGGAUUGAUUUCAGAUACGGUUCUCCGCGUUUGGAAGAAUUUGAACGGCUGUUCAACCGGGAAAUGUGGUGGGUGGCGACGGAAGUUUGCUCAGAAAGACAUGUUCAACGACGGGCCAAAAUCAUCAAGAAGUUUAUCAAAAUCGCUAGGUACAGUCAAGAAAUAAUUCAAGAGAAACCAAAAAAGCUUUUUCAGACAUUGUCGCGACCUUCGAAACUUCAAUUCGAUGUUCGCCAUUGUCAGCGGCCUCGAUAAACCGGCGGUGCGACGUCUUCACGGUAGUUGGGAGAGGAUUUCCAGGUUUGUGGAAACGGGAGAAUGAUGGUGAUAUUAAGAAUAUAUUCGGUGAUAUGAGGGCUCAAUGAACUUCAAAAAAAAUCGGGAGAAAAUGUUAAAACUUAUUUUUUCGGUGUAAGAAACGGUUUUCAAUUUUAGAAAAAUAAAUUUUUCAUAGGCCUCAGGGACGUUUGCGAGAAUUCAUAACAUCGAUUUCAAUUUUUCCGUUACCCUGAUAUUUUUUAUCUCGAAGAUUAAGGAAUUUCACUUAUUUUAUACUUUUUUUAAAAAGAAAAUAACACGAAAAUUUGAAAUAGACAGGAAUUUUUCUAAGUUAGGGUAAUUCCCUUGAUUUAUACACAUUGAAUCGAUUUUUCCAGCAAAUAUCAUCGAAUGCUCGACGAAAUUCACCAACUGAUGGAUCCGACCCGAAAUAUGUCCAAAUACAGACAACAUCUGGCCGAAGUCGAACAGGAGCCUCCGGUUUGUUUUAUUUGAAACAAAAAAAUAAAGAGUUGAAAAAUUUCUUGUAAACGUUUCAAGUGGAAGUCAUGGCUUUGAGGAGAAAAAUUCGGAAGAUAAAAAUAAAAAAAUUCAAAAAAACAGAAAAAAAUAUACUUUUUGGUUAGAAAGCGUGUUCAAAAAAAGUGAUUUCAUAAAAAAAUAAAUCAAUUUCAAAGAUUUUCUCGAAAAAUUCUAGUUUUCAACUCAAAAAAAGGCUUUCAACAUUAUUAAAAAAAUAUUCUUCAUAUGUACUUUGGCUAUUUAUUUUCAAGUUUACUUGAUUUUUUUAAAAAGGAAAAAGUGGGUGAAAAAGGGCGAAAUUGUCUCAUUAUUUAUUUAUAUUUUCAAGUAUUAUUGAUAAAUUUGAGCUUCCGUUUCAUGUUUUACCACGAAAUUAUCUACAGGUGGUGCCAAUUUACCCGGUCAUCAAGAAAGAUCUGACCUUCUCGCACGAGGGAAAUCCCACGUACACCGACAAAUUGGUCAAUUUCGAGAAGCUGCGACUCAUCGCCAAAUCCGUCAGGACUGUCACCAAGUUGAGCAGCGCUCCCUACGAAAUUGCCAGCAUGGCCGAGAGGGUUCGAUUUUUUUUUCUUUCGAAGGAAAAAAAAUGAGAAAAGUUCAAUCAUAGUCAUUUUGAGAAUUACUAGUGAGUACAAAAAUUCUAGGGUUUUUAUAUGAAAUCUUCUGACAAGAUAGAUCAUGGGAAUUUCCUGUAAUUUGGCCGGAAAUUUCCUCGUUGUAGCAGAAAUAUAUUCUGAAAGUUUCUACCUGCACAACUUCCUAGUUUUUGAAAAAUAGGGCUAGAAGACCCACAAUGACCAAUUUUUACGGAUUUUAAGGGAUUAAUUUAUUUUCUUACAACACUUUUUUUUUAAUUACAAUGGUUUUUAAGAGUGGAGGCGCAGUGAACGACGCUCUGCUGCACAUGAACACCUUUGAAGGCGGCGGCAGUGUGGCGACCAUGCGCAAGGGAAUGGCUCAUCGGGCCAAUCAGCCCAGGAAAAAGGUUAAUAUAGCGUGAUGAUAAUUAGAUUUUGGCUCUGAGAGAAUUAGAAAGGACAAAAAUUAGGCGUAAACAACAUAAAUAGAAUAGGAAAAAUACACAGAGUUUCAAGUCAACAUGAAGCUCUCUAUUUUUGAUAUUCUUUACUUUUCAAACUUCACGAAUCAUGUUGUGAAUCUACUCAAAUUGCAAAAAAGCAUUAUUUCGAUCUUUAAAAAAAUUGAGCGAAACUGCAAUUAACGUUUCGCAUCAUGAUUUCAUGCAAAAAGCUCACAAUCAAAAUAGUUGUAGCCACUUAAUACUUACCUUUCCGUUUGAGGUUGGAAAAGAGCAUCUGUCGUUAUCAUAAAAGUCUGAUUUCAAUAUCAAAUUACGCUGUUCAGGUUUAUGAACAAGCGCUGAUGGUGAGAAAGGUGAAGGCGUACAUCGAAGGAAUGCAGGUCGUCGACAACGAGAUGGAGCUCGACGCCAUGAGCUCAGAUCUCGAGCCGCAAGUUCAAAGUGAGACUUCUAGCUCUCGAAAUGUUCAAAAUGCGCAGAUUUCAUUUAUCUCUUAUUUUUCAUAAAUCUGAAGGUAAAUUUUUGUCCUUUACAGGUUUGGUUCUUUUUGUGCUAAAUAUUUUCAAGCGGAAGUACUCAGAAUCAGCUAAAAUGCGCUUGAAAAACUUAAAAACUGAUUUUGUCUCAUAAUUUUCAUGAAAAAGCUUAUAAUAAGAUAUUUCAAGGUGGUUUUUUUCAAAAGUGUAAAUCCCAAGCACGUAAUUUUGACCAGCCUUGAACUCUAGAAUAUCUUUCUUGCUUCUAAAUCGUUCAAAAUCCCUCAGCAUGCAAUUUUGGAUUGAAUCUGCGAUUAUUGUGGCCUUUUUCUUGUGAAAAGAAAAAACGGGCUUUCAAGUUAAUAGAAGCCACGAAAUGACUUUUUUUCAGCGACUCGCGGAUCUACAGCCGCCCUAGGAACGAUGACGAACGCGCGACGAGCUCCGUCGCCGACGCCGUCGUCGCUUUCCUCGCAGUCGACGGGCUCUGCCGACCAACACUCGCGGCACCGUUUCAUGCUCGGCGGCAGUGGCGGCCCCAAGUUCGGCGUCGAAUCGCCGCAAGCCGUUCAGAAGAUGCUCUCGCUGGUGCAGAAUAGCAAAGUUAAAGGUUGGAAGCAGUUCUUUAAGAGCAGGGAUUUGAAUAUGAGAAUAGAAUGGAGAGGAGGUGAGAUUAUUGAAAAUUUAAAAGGCCUUGUUUAGGUUUUUAUAGUUCUAAAUUUUUGAAAAAAAUUAGAAGACUUGGUAGUGAUAGCAAAGUCCAAAAUUCAAACGGCUAAAAAAGGGAGGUCUGAGUGGGAUUCAUAGAAUUAUCAAAUCCAUCAUUUUUCAUAGAAGCUUGAACUCUCAACACAAGUUGGCUUAGAAGAAUUGAGUUGAAAAAUUUUUUUGGAACACCCAAAGUUCGAAACAUUCCAGUCUUUGCUUUUUAUUUGUCCUAGACAACGCUCAUGUUUUUUUCGGGACCAUUUCAAAGUUCUACAACUUUUCCAGUGAGAUAAACGAGAAUUUAAGCUGAUAUGAUUCGAGACCAAUGGAGAAUAGUAAAGUUAUAAAUUUUUUGAACGAAUUUUUAUACAAUAUGACGCUUCGAACUUCUACUUUCCCAACUUCUAUUCUUCGGCUUACUUCUCCCAAGCUAUCCGUGAAGUCAUGACCCAUUUCGGUCGAUGUUGUCCGUUCGUACUCCGUUGUGUCUUCCAGGAAUGUCGCCGUCGACGUCUCCAGCUCUGAGUGGACCUCGAGGCCUUCAACGGAACGUUCCCCGAGUGACGGCCCGUCACGGAGGGCCAGGCCCGAUCGGCGUCCAACGCCAUUCGUCGAUCCACAGCGCUGAGCCUCUUGAUCUCAACGAAGAGACCAGCUCCGUUUCUACCUUCUACUCUUCCGGUUCGUCGUGUCGUGUCCUUGUUGUCCUUUCCUGGAUUUACGAAAAAUGAGCUUUCAUAAGAACUAAAUGAUGAAAAAAAAACGUGUUUUAAAAUGGAACAUGCUUCAAAGUACCUUUUUGUUCCAAUUUCGAGCCGUUUUUAUAAAAAUGUAUAGAAGAGAAGUAGUUAUUUUUCGUGUGCUCAUUCGAAAAAGCUCAGUUUUUGAAAAUCCGUUUUCCUUUUCCCCUUAGCCCGCCAUUCUGUGCUUCAUUUAUUCAAAUAUUUGCACUUCAGUUUGAAAAAAAAAUAGAGAAUUAAUUUUGAUUUUUCCGCCCAAUAAUUUUGGUGACUCAAGAAAUAUUUGUAAAGGUAGUCACAACUUUUUUUUAAGUCAAUCAAGUCAAAUUUGGCAACAGAGCUUAUUCAUAGAUUCGUGGUUCAAGUCAAAACUAGAAAUUUAUUUUGAUGAUCAAAUUUUCAAUUCUGUCCAGCUGAAGAAAAACAACUUUGAGAUCGUCAUGAGACGGAGUUCUCAUGAAGUGUGGUUUCCUUUUCAAAUUUACUAAAAUAAUGUUGAUUUUGCUUCUUCCCAGUUUUUUUUUUGAAUAAAGACUGUUCGAAAAGCCUUGCUGAGGUUUUCGAAGGCGCGGAGGCCUUGUGACUCUAUAAAUGUCGGAAAACGGAUCUUUGCCUCGAAAUUCUUAAAAAUUAGUCCAUGCUCCUACGAACCCUCCAGCAAGGCCUUCAAACAGUCCAUAACUUUCCCUGAUGUCGAUUUUUGACGUGUCAUCCAGUGUUUUCGUUUUUUCAGAUGUGUUGAUUUGAAGUUGCACGGCGCACUCGAAUUUCCCCCGUGAUUUCCUCGACUUCCAUCCACCUCCCAGUCCGUCGCCGUCCCAUUUUUCCAUUUGUCGCAGUUGUUCUUCUCACCAAAACUUGAUCAGAAAACGUCUUUGGAUGUCGCUUCUUUAGGUGAGAGCAUGCCAAACCCAAUUUGUCGGUUUUUUUUCUCAAAUCAUCUGAUUUUUGUGUGAUUUCAUUCUUAACCCAAGUUUGAAAAACCCUGUCAUAUAGGAUUUUUUUUAAAUUUCAUUUUAAAAUUUACGUGUUUGUUCUCAGUAAGCAGAACUAAGAAAGAGAAUGUCAAUCAUAAGCGCUCCAUGAAUAAUUCUUCGGACAGUGCAAAUAAAAUUGACUGCUCUAACCCCGGUAACGGAAGCCGGACGCGCUCCAGACGUUUCUGAGCAAUUCUAGGGACCACUUAAGAGUUUUAACGCUACUAAAGUGGUCACUAGAUAUUUUCCGACACGUCCGGUUCGCGUUACAAGGUCCGAGUUUUUUUUUCAAAAUUCAAACUUUCCUAUUCGAAUAACGGUUUUUUAACUCGGAAUGAAAAGUCAACCUCAAAGUUAUGUUUUAAAAAAAUUAUCUUUUUGAAUUAAGAAUGUUUUUUUGGAGGGCCCAAGUUCCAUUAGGAGAACUUUUUUUAUUUUUUUUGACGCAGCUGAGGCAAUCUAUCAAUUAUCCGGUUGUCCCAGGAUAAUUCAUUUUUAGUAGGUGCUCAGCGGAGGUCGUGCUCUGAAGCUCGUCUGGGUUCCUCGACGUUUUACAUCGACGCCGACCCCAACGUCUUCUCUGCCACGCCUUCUCCGACCACGCCUUCUUCCAUGACCCGAGCCAUCACCGUCAAACCGCCGACGGCUUCUAUCUCCGUCGUCAUUCCCAGCAAGGCUCCCAAACUGUGAGUUUAGAAAAAGACAGACGUGUCUCUGAAAAUUCGUAAAAACUUCGAGCUGAAUUCUUUUGACGAGGAUCCUUUCAGAACUUCUCCACGUUCCUCAGCCUCGCAAAUCAUCUCGCCGAGCGGCGUCGCCACCUAUUCUCCGAACAGCCGGUCGCUCUCCCUGACUUCUGUCUCUUCGACCGGAACUUUGGAGCCGUCCUCCUCGAGUCUCAGCGGCUUUGUACUGGGUCACCGUCCGGUACCGGCCUAUUCAACGACCCUUUCCGCCUCUUCUCAGUCGCUGAGAGGACUUCCGCCCCGAGGAAGAACCUACAGCAACCGGAUGGAACCUAUUCGGGAAGGUAAGAGAUAAUAAAAAUCCGGAAAUGUGCGUUAAAAAUAGAGGUUCAUGUUGAACUUUACGCUAAAUGUCGAAAAAUUUUAAGUAUAGAAGGAGGCAAAUUCUAUAAAAACGUAUAAAAUUCAGUUCUGUAUCUGAAUAUCGUCUACGUACUUUAAAAAAAAGUUUUUCUUCACGCUAUUUUUGAAAAAUAAAAUUCACGUGAACUUUGCGCGUAACUUGAAAUGUUUUUUGUGCAUCGUGUUCUGCGGCCAAAACGAAGUAACCUACGACAAAUUAAUAUUAUUUAUUUUUUUAAAUUAUUUUUUUCUUUUAAAUAAUUUUUGAGUUCUAGAAGUUCUUUAGUUUUUGAGAAAAAAAUUAAUAAAUUUUUUUCAUUUCAGUUUUUCCAAUCUGAGUUUUUUCAACGUGUGUAAUUUUUUUCCCGUUUCAGAACCUUCUAAAAAUUUUAUCGACAUUUUGUCCUUUUCAGGUACCCAAUUUUCUUCGGAUCAAGUCUCGCGAGUAUGACUUCUGCCUUUUUUGAAUACUUUUUUUUGUAACGUCUCACUUUUUACAGCAUUUUCAAUAGUUACGAGGUGGUGGAAAGAGUUGUUUCAAAGCUUAGUUUACCUGUGAUUUCUAUUUAUUGUAAUAAUGUAUGUAUUUAUAGGGUUGCGAAUUGUAUACUGCUUUCUUAGAUUUAUAUAUCUUCUUCUUUCUUUGUCUUUGUGUUUGAAAACGGAUAAUCAAUUGGUGCAAAGUGAGUAUUUUGUUGUGUCUUGUAUAAAUCCCCCUUCUAUUUAGGCUUUUCUAUUCGUUUCUUUCAGUUUCUGUUUCAUUUGCCAUACGCUGUGAAUUCAAAAAAAGUGUUUAGUACAGAAUAACUACGAGUCUUGCCGUAAUAAUCCUGCAUUGAUUUGUUUGCUCAAUUAUUUCCUUGGUCGGUUGUAUUUAAUGACUACUUAUUUAGGCAACUAUUUCAUCUUCACUGUGAACUUCUUUCCUUUCAGAGAUUAUAUUUCGGUCCAGUGAAAGAAAAAAAAUAAAUCUCCUGGCAAUACUGCAUUUGUGCUAUAUCUUUCCUGCUUACCUCAUUUCAAAAAUGCUUAAUUUGAUGAAAAAAACUUUCAGCAUAAUGUCGAUAUCAGAACCUCUUGUACAAAUUAAACGAAAGAGAUUAUUUUUAUUGGCUGCUUAUGUUCAAAAAUAAAUAUUAUAUGAUUUUUUUUUUCUAUUUAUCGCGUCAAAGAUAACAGUUCUCAACGUUGUUUUCUACUUCAGCGAAAAGGUCUCAAUCGAUUUUUUUUUCUCGUGGUUCAUAUUUUGUCUUUGGAAAUUAGAAGUUGAAGAAUGGCGGCUCGUCGAGCGAUUUCCCGCAUUUCGCCUCAAAAUAGCGCUUUAUUCGUUUGCGACUUGCAGGAAAAAGUUCAGGCAAGUGAAAUUUGUCUCAUUUGUUUUUUUAAUGAGUUUCUGUUUUGAAUACCUGAACAAUGUUCGAUUGUGAGAACCUAAUUUCAAGAUAAAUUCAAAUCAUUUUCGAAACAGUGAUCAUUGUUUUUUUUUUCGAUCAAAAACCCCCGACUUUUCGAAGUUUGAGCUCAGCUCGUACACUAUAUCCUAUUCUGCUCCAGCUUGUCAUGUUUUUCUUUCCGCCGAAAGACCGUAUACCUAAUUAGAUCAAAUUUCUACUUUUAUAACGGCAGGAAAAAAAAGGUCUUGAAGCGAAAGUUGGUUAAAUUUGACCUGGCCUUUUGGCGGAAAGAAAAACGGGAGAAGCUAGCGCGGGAUGGUUUAUAAUAAUCGAGCUUAAUAAAUUUUGAAGUUUAUUUUUUGUUCAUUUUUUUUGAACUUUGUACAUUUUCCGGAACAGUGUUAAACAUGAAUUCCAGUGAGGAGACCUUUCUUCAAGUAAUCUUAUUAUUUCGGGAGAAUGACCAAUUAUUCGAGUAAACUCUUCAAAAUAACUUAAUAAUAAAGUUUCAAGAAAUAAGCUUAAAUUUUUGAAAUUUUUCAAGAGCUCAACAAAAGAAUACUCCAAUCCUUGUCAUCCUAUCACGUAUUUCGAAGAAUAAGUAAACUUUAAAAGUAACCCUCGAGCUUAAAUUUAUUGAGAAUUUUCUAAAUCAAGGAGAAAAGGAAAAAGGCUCAAUUUCGGGCAAUAAAAAUCGAAUUGGUCGGGGUUGAACAUAUGGGAAACUAGUGAAAAAAGUUACUUUUUGUAGGUAAAUAAAUCUCGGAGUAUGCAUAUUUUUCUGAUUCUAAAACUUACAAGCUAGCGAAUCAUAAAUGAAUAAAGUAUCAAAGUGAAAACAAUAAUCAAAUUUUCAAUAAAGGUGGCAAUUUUUGAAAUUUUCGACGCUCUUCUUUUCAGCAAGACGAUCCAGUACUUCCCGGAGAUUGUUCAAACCUCGCGACGGCUGAUCGACACGGCGCGAAUUUUGAAUAUCCCGACGCUCGUCACUGAGCAAUACCCCAAGGGACUCGGCCACACGGUCCCUCAACUCAAGGAGGGACUUUCCGACGACACUCCGAUCCUCGAGAAAACCAAGGUUUUCAUGGAUAUCCUACUGAAGUUUCGAUUGAAUGACCGUGAAAAAGUAGCCUAACAUGGGAAAAUUUCGGAAUUUAUUGAAAUUUGAGUGAAGAAAACUCUGAAGAGCUAUUUGAAAGUUUCAGAAGCAGCAACCUGUUCGAAUUCCGAUAUUUCGAUAAAAAAAAUUCAUAUUACUUAAUAAGCGACAUUUAUUAGUUCUCAGAAAAUAGAAGUUCAUUCAGGCUGAGACUCUCAGUAUAGUCUGUGAGCCACGAAUUGAAAUUUCACCGAACGACAUUCCGCUGUUCCGUUGCGUGCGUUCGCGAAGCGUCUUUCGAAUCUAGCUCACGCUUUCAAUUGAUUUUCCUUGCUGUGGUAACACAUAAAAAUAGAGUACCUUGAUAUAAAAAAAAAAAGUUAAAAACGCGACCAAGGUUUGCAAAGGCGCGCAGCGGCACAGCGGAAUGUAGUUCGGUGAAAUUCCAAGUCGUGAUACACAGGCUAUAAUAACCUGAAUUUUUUCCAAGAUUUUUUUCCUUUUCCCCUUUUUUGUUAAGCAGAAAGAAAACUGCAAAAAAAGCUUCCUUUUUCAGUUCUCGAUGUGUCUCCCCGAUUCGGAAGGCAUCCUGAAAAACAUCAAAAACGUGAUUCUCGUCGGGAUCGAGGCACACGUUUGCGUCCUUCAAACUACGUGGGUUAUCAUGGAAAUUAUUUUUUGUGUUUGAACAUUUUUAAAUGGGUUAUUUCAAAAAGUGAUUCAGCAAAGCUCAUUUUGAAACUUGAGCAUAACUAGAAUCUCUGAGAAAAUUUUCAUAAUUCAGAAAGAAAAUUUGAAAUUUAAGGAAAUUUUCACCUAAAAUAGGAAAUCAAUCUUCAACUUUGGGUUUUCUAGAUUUGGUGAAACUUUUUUGUACAUCGGUAGUUUUUACGAAAAAAAGAGGAUGGCUAUUAAAAAGUUGUGUCGUUCAAAAAAAAGAAUAUUUCGAUGACCGUUUUUUUUCUUUUAAGUCAAUCCCAAAAUAUUUUGGUUCUUUUUUAGCCUUGAAAUUUUUUUCCGGAUAGAAAGCUUCUGAAUACUCUGACAUUACAUACAGUAACAACAGAAAAACAAAACAUAAUGCUUAAAACAUCCUUGCUCAAUCUUUUUGAAACGUUAAAGUUAUAAUUCUAUUUUUUUCUGCGGCCUGAAAUCCCCCCAGAGUAUCUCAAAUAACAGUCAUCACAUUUCCAGAAAGUUUCAGAGAGAUUAAACUUCAUACAAAAAAGUUGUAAUCAUUUUUAGCAUCUUUUCAGACGGAACUGUUCUCUUCAGAGAAGAUUAUAAAUAAUACGAGCCAGGAGAGCAAGAUUGAAACAGCAAAAUGAAAUGAUUCAUUGCAGGUACGACCUUCUGGAGCGCGGACAUGCGGUCCACGUCGUCGUCGACGCCGUCAGCAGCCGUUCUCUCACUGACAGGUCAAUCUAAAGCCUUUUUUCAUACUUCUAAAUAGAUUAAUGAAAAUCCCCCAAGUAGUUCCCCUUCCUUUUCUGUGUUGGUUCUAUCUUUGGUCAUUAUCCAACGUGAAAAAGGAGAAAGGAAAAAGAAGCGAUUGCGUGGGAACACCUGCUUGUGCAGCGACUUAACGCGAAGCGUCCAAAUCGGCGCCAAAUGAUGCUGGCGCCAGCGCCGAAGUCCUCUUCGUUUGUUUUUCAGAAGCGUUACCUUUGAUCCGCUUCGAUUUUCGGUCAAUCGAUCCGUGUCGCCUGAUCAAUUUUGAUCAAACUCGGAAUUUAUUGAUUGAGCGGAAAAUAACCGAGUUUUAUCAUAUGACUGAACUGAAUAUUGAAAAGACUAGAACAAGGAUCUCAAAGAAAGUUAGGAACGCUUAUUAAAUAAGGACAAUUGUCAUAGUUUUCGGGUCCGAUAUCAGUAAAUUAUUGAAGCCAAGCCUUUAUCACCCUAAAAGGAAAAUUUCUAUGGAGCCUUCCAGCAGCCUUUUUCACCCUCGAAGGGUCCUUCCGGCUUUGCCUAUCCGAAAAAUCGAAAAGCCACAGAGAAUCUUUACUGGUUUGUUCAAAGUUAGCCCUUUCUCGACAGCUUUUCGAGGCCUAGAAGUGUGACUUUUCGACCCAAGUCGUUGAAAUAAUAGCCAAUCGUAGACGUGGAACGUAUUCCAACCGCUGGAAAUUGUUUGAAGAAUAUUGAUCAUAAAGGGACCUCGAUAAAUGAUAGAAGGACAUGUCUUAUCACUUGGUUAUCCUCAAUCAACGGCUGAUUCUUGCUCACCGGAGCUCAGCUUUAUUUGUUUGCCAGCACGUGGCUGAUGUGCAAAUCUUUGCAUGUGAUCAGCGAUUCGAUAGGAAACCCUUCUUUUCGAGUACCGCGGUUUUUGAACUAUCUCAACUUUGCUGCUGACUUGGGCUAUUUCUGUUCGACUUGUAAGUGUGGAGAGCCCUCAAGAUCAGCGGGAAGUGAGACCAAUGAGACAAGUUAUUGUUUAGUGACACUCGGACGCCGAGUGGGGUAUCACCAGGUGUGUUUUGGACGACUCUGAGCUGUUUAGUGGUCUCUUUAGCGAAUUUACCGGUUUCAACCUAGGUUUUUACAAUAAAAAAUAUGGAGCCGUUGUUUUUAUUGAAUUUUCUUUUCUAAAAAGAUGCCUUUUUAAUAUAAAAAAAUUGUUGAUUGUUUAGAAAAAUCCUUGAUUUUCAAGUACAAUUUUCUUGAAAAUUUCUAUGCUUUAAAAUCUUAGUUUUUCGUUUCAUUUUUUUUCUAUUCGUCAAUCGAAAUCUUCAGAAAAAAAAGUUAUAAUGCCGGGAAGGUUGAAUUUGUUUGGGUCUGGUCUUAUUAUUGGGAGAACAAGAGGAGGAAAUGAGGAUUUUAUGACUGAAAAAUGCAUCUUUCAGUUAAAAUAAAUUUUCGAAACCUUUUUAGCAAAGAGCAUACGUUAAAUUUUGGCUUUUUUUUCUGAUAGAAGUUUGAAGUUUGAUAAGAUACUGUUCUUGUCAUCAUGACUAAUCGUAUCCUCUGUUCAGAAAGUUCGCGUUCAAGCAGCUGGAAAGCGCUGGAGCCGUCUUGACGACUUCGGAAUGCGUGAUUCUUGGCCUCGUUCAAGGAUCCGACCAUCCCAAAUUCAAGGAGGUUUCCUCUUUUUUUCUGGAUUGAAAAUACUCUCGCCAAGUUUCUCAUGAUCCAUUUGGAAUGGUAUUUUUCCUUACAGGUCCAGAAACUGAUCAUGACGUCGGCGCCGGACACGGGUCUCGUCCGUCCUCGUCUCUAA